CAUUAGCUUUCGAUUCCGCUAGAAUGAAGAUACUGGCGCAAAUUUUAGUUUGCGCACUUGUUGUGCAUCUUGCGUGGGGACAAUGUUCAGUAAACAUUAGGAACAAUCUUCAGUCGCACGAACCUGUGUUUUUCCGAGGUACUCAAUUGUGGUCCCCGAAUGGUGCUGCAUUACUUUGGAACUCCGGAGAAUCAACACCAAUUUCCUGUCAAAGCGGUCAACUUAAUGGAUUCGGUGUUUCGAAUGCCGACAUCACGUGCCAGUCUGGAACUACUUUCACUAUCGGAGGCACGCCGGUGGACUCAUCUGCAUUGACCUGUUCUCAGCGCAUUACCGGUGAAAUAGAUAUAACGACAAGCUCUUGCGGAAAUGGAGCCGGCCAGCUGCGUAACAUUGGAUUUAGAACAGCGGGUGGCACACUGGUAACUUACAUUCAGUCCUGUUACAACGUAAAUACAGCAUCCGUUAUUUACACCCGUCAUAUCAUUCCGGGCAGAGCAAUAAAUUAUGCAAUCCCUGAGUCUUACCGGCCAUCGUUCAAGGUGGCGGGUACUGCUGGUCAUGUGAGUCCAGCUACUUCCUACACUACAGCCCAACAAAGUAUUCGUUUGGCGAAUUUGCUGGGUUCUCAGGCUCAAGCAGAUAGGUUCAUUACCACAAGCUCGUACAUGUCGCGUGGUCAUUUGGCUCCGGACGCGGAUGGUAUUUUUCGUCCUUGGCAAUGGGCCACCUAUUUUUAUGUGAACGUAGCACCACAGUGGCAGGUUGUUAACGCGGGCAACUGGUUGGUUGUUGAAGGUGCCACUCGCAACAUUGCUGGUCGGCUACAGGAGGAUGUCCUCAUAUUCAAUGGAGCUCACGGCAUUAUGACACUGCCCCACGUAAAUGGUCAACAGAUUCCAAUCACUCUGGAGAACGGUGGCAUCGAAGCCCCCAAGUGGUACUGGAAAAUCAUCAAAUCGCCCAGCACAAAUUCCGGUAUUGCCUUGAUCACCAACAAUGACCCAUUCCGAACUAGUAUGCCGGCAAAUGAAAUGCUGUGCUCGGAUGUUUGCAGUACGUAUGGCUGGGCUAAUGCAAACUAUGCCAACUUUGCUAGAGGAUACACAUACUGCUGUACAGUUGCUGCUUUGAUGAGUGCCAUUCCAGCGAUUCCAGCUGAAGCAGCUGCUUCAAAUGUGUUGCGUUUUUAGGGCACGAGGUGUAUCAGAGUAUGAGCCAAUGUACAUUUUAUUGCGGUACAAGUACAGCGUAAUUGAAUGGUGAUAAGCCAGCAAGGUAUUUUUAGUUACGCUUAUUUAUAUUGCUGUAAUUAAUGCGAAGUAGAAAUAUGCAGAUAAUAAAGACCAUUAAACAUGCAA